CCUUUUGACUCCUUGGCUUCCUUUUUGUUUCUUUUAGGUCAGCGUCUUCCCCCACCUCUUCCUAGCCUCAUCUUCUAUUUAUGCAGACCAACAAUCCUCGGCCUUGGACACUUGUCUUAGCUUAUCCGAGAAACAAGUAAACAACUUCUGGAGAGGAAGAAGACCUUUUUUUUUUGUUUAGCAUCUGAAGAAAUUUACAAAGACUUUCAAAGAGAAGGAAACACAAGCUGAAAUGGGCAGGCCUCCUUGUUGUGACAAAGAGGGGGUCAAGAAAGGACCAUGGACUCCUGAAGAAGAUAUCUUAUUAGUCUCUUUUAUUCAAGAACAUGGCCCCGGGAAUUGGAGGGCUGUUCCUACCAAUACAGGGUUGCUUAGAUGUAGUAAGAGUUGCAGACUUAGAUGGACUAAUUAUCUCAGGCCAGGGAUCAAACGGGGUAACUUUACAGAUCAUGAGGAGAAGACAAUAAUCCACCUUCAAGCACUUUUGGGCAAUAGAUGGGCUGCCAUAGCUUCAUACCUCCCGCAAAGAACAGAUAAUGAUAUUAAAAACUAUUGGAACACCCAUUUGAAGAAGAAGCUGAAGAAGCUUCAAACAGGGCAAGAAGGGCAUUCCAGAGAUGGGUUUUCAGCUUCUUCACAACCAAUGGCCAGAGGUCAGUGGGAGAGAAGGCUCCAAACUGACAUCCACAUGGCGAAGAAAGCUCUUUGCGAGGCUCUCUCCCCUGAGAAACCAACCUGCCUCUCUCAUCAAUUGACUCCCUCCUCUAAUGGGUGCGCUCAAUCCUCAACUACCUAUGCAUCAAGCACUGAAAACAUAGCCCGAUUGCUCAAAGGUUGGAAGACAAAUUCCCCAAAGCCAGCCACCACUCAAAAUUCAUUGAACAACAUGAGUAGGGCUGAUUCUGUUUCCAGUGAGGGAACUCCAAGCAAUAAGGCAAACAACGACAAUGGUCUUGAACUAUCCGAGGCAUUUGAAUCUCUGUUCGGUUUUGAGUCUUUCGAGUCUUCAUAUUCUGAUACAUCACAGUCUUUGUCACCUGAGGCAACCCUUUUCCAAGAUGAAAGCAAGCCGGAUUCUAGCGCCCUAGUGCCCUUGUCUCUGCUUGAGAAGUGGUUGUUUGAUGAAGGUGCUGGGGAAAGAAUUCCUUGGUGAUAGAUAUCACAUUAGAUGACCAUGCUAAUAUUUUCUAAGAUGGAAUUCGAUCUUGUGUUUUGGGCUUUUGGGGGUUUCUUUUUUGUUCUAGGUAUUGAACUAUAUAUUUGAAUUUCACAGUUGCCUUGGCAGAAGCUAGUCUGUUUCAAUUCCCACUGUAGUGCUAGAACAAAAGUGUAAAUUAAUUUCGAAUUAUUGUGUUAAAUUAAUGUCUUGAUCCAGAAUAAAUCUCUAGUCUUGUAUCGCUUCCCAAUGAAAUGGUUUAUAUGAGCAAUCUAAUUAGGA